AUGGUUCCACAAAAUCCCAAGGAUAGGCAAAAGGAGAUCGAAAACUCUCUUCGACAAGCAGGUGCCUUAACCGCUGAUGAAAUCACAAAUCAGCAAUCAAAUUUUGAUCAAGGAAAGUGGCUGGAACAGAAAAUUAAAGCACUAAUGGUAGUGGCAUCCCUUAUUGCAAAUAUGGCUUUCCAAGCUGGGAUAACCCCCCCCGGAGGAGUUUGGCAAGAUGAUCAAACAGAACAUUCUCAAGAAAAUCCUUCGCUAAAUAAUGCACAUGAUGCAGGACAAUCCAUCAUGGCUUAUCACAAGAUUCAGUUUUAUCGAUUUUUCAUUGGUUUUAACACCAUCGCAUUUGUUUCAUCUCUGGGCACAAUCUCGCUGCUUAUCAGUGGGCUUCCCUUCAGGCGCAAGGUCUUCAUGUGGAUCUUGAAUGGCGUCAUGUGGUUAACCGCAACUUCAAUUCUAUUGAGUUAUGGAAUAUCAGUAGCCUUUGUCACACCAGAGUCUACAAAACAAAGACCUGGUAAUGUUGCAGUUGUUGCAUGGAGUUUUGUGAUAGCAAUCUAUCUUCUGGGAAUAGCAGCAGCCUACUCCACAAAUAAGUGGUGGAAGCUCUCUGGAAGAAUAAAAUGGAGAUCAAGAAAUAGUGUGAGUGCAGUGGUUGAAAAUCACAGAAAUGGUAAUGUAGUAGAGCUUCAAAUUCACUCUUCAUAA